CCUUUAUCUGAUUAUCUCUCUCUCCCUCCCUUUUUUAUUGUUCAGUAUCUUUUAGCAGUUGAACUCACACAAACGCACUUCCAUGGCCUCUGCAACUCUCUCCUUCUCCCCCACUCGCACUCCCACUCGCGUCCGCACACGCGCAACCGCACUCAAUCCCAAACUCUCCUUUACUUUUCUCCACCAAUCACACCCUUUCCCGCCAUUCCCACUCACAACAACCACAACACUACUGCCCAAGAAGAAGACGAGCUCAAUUUCGUUUGCUUACGUGUCCGCACCCGCUUCCGACCCGGGUGUCAGCGAGCCCGAGCCCAGAAUCGACGGGUCGGGUCCACUGACCGAAAAAGACCGGGCACCGGCGCCGAAUCCGAUAAGCUGGGGGCUAUUGUGGACUCUGUUGAGUAGGCACAAGCUGAGGCUCGCGAUUUCGGUUUUCGCUCUCGUUGGCUGCACCACUUGUACUCUCUCUAUGCCCAUAUUUUCAGGUAGAUUCUUUGAAGUACUUAUCGGAGCUAGACCAGAGCCAUUGUGGAGGCUGCUCAGUAAAGUGGGAGUUUUGUAUGCACUGGAGCCAAUUCUAACCGUUAUUUUUGUUAUAAACUUGAAUACUGUAUGGGAGAAGGUUAUGUCAAAACUGAGAGCCCAUAUUUUCAGAAGGGUGUUGAUUCAGAAGGUCGAGUUUUUUGACCGAUACAAGGUAGGUGAACUUACUGGGUUGCUAACAUCUGAUUUGGGUUCUCUUAAAGAUGUUGUGAGUGAGAACAUUUCAAGGGAUCGUGGAUUCAGGGCACUUUCUGAGGUCACUGGGACAAUAUGCAUACUAUUUACGUUGUCCCCUCAACUUGCACCUAUUUUGGGCCUUCUGAUGCUUACUGUGUCUGUUUCAGUUGCUGUGUACAAGCGAUCAACUGUGCCCGUUUUUAAAGCUCAUGGGUUGGCCCAGGCAUUGAUAUCUGAUUGUGUGACAGAAACAUUUUCUGCUAUUCGUACUGUAAGAUCCUUUGGUGGUGAAAAGCAUCAAAUGUCAAUGUUUGGUAGACAAGUUCUUUCUUAUCAAGCUACUGGCAUAAAGCUUGGGACUUUUAAAUCCAUAAAUGAAUCUUUGACAAGAAUUGCUGUUUAUAUUUCUCUAAUGGCCUUAUAUUGUCUUGGAGGAAGCAAAGUGAAAGCGGGUGAGCUCUCUGUUGGAAUUGUGGCUUCUUUUAUUGGGUAUACUUUCACAUUAACAUUCGCUGUUCAAGGGCUCGUGAACACAUUUGGAGAUCUUCGUGGAACUUUUGCUGCUGUUGAGAGAAUCAACUCUGUUUUAUCUGAGAUUGAAGUUGAUGAAGCCCUUGCAUAUGGUGUAGAAAGAGAAAUGCAGCAAAAAGAAUUGCAUGGUGACAAUUAUAAAUUGUUCUUCAUCAACGAUUACGAUGAGAAAAUCCUCUCUAGGAAUAUGCAUUAUAUGUCAGCCUUGAAAUCAGCUAGCAACGUGUGUAGCUUAGCUUGGUCUGGUGAUGUUUGUCUUGAAGAUGUGCACUUCUCUUAUCCUUUGAGACCUGAUGUGGAAAUCCUAAAUGGUCUAAAUUUAACUCUCAAAUGUGGAACCGUAACAGCUCUAGUGGGCCCCAGUGGUGCAGGAAAAAGUACAAUAGUACAGCUAUUGGCACGUUUUUAUGAGCCAACCAGAGGUCGUAUUACAGUUGCAGAAGAUGAUCUUCGAACAUUUGACAAGAGUGAAUGGGCACGGGUUGUCUCUAUAGUGAAUCAGGAGCCUGUUCUUUUUUCGGUAUCUGUUGGAGAAAAUAUUGCAUAUGGGCUUCCAGAUGAUAAUGUAUCCAAGGAUGAUGUGAUAAAGGCAGCCAAAGCAGCAAAUGCUCAUGAAUUCAUAAUUUCACUGCCACAGGGUUAUGACACACUUGUUGGCGAGCGUGGAGGCCUACUGAGUGGAGGCCAGAGACAGAGAGUUGCUAUUGCUAGAGCUCUGCUAAAGAAUGCCCCAAUCCUGAUACUUGAUGAGGCUACUAGUGCCUUGGAUGCAGUCAGUGAGCGUUUGGUCCAGGAUGCUCUGAACCAUCUGAUGAAAAGCAGGACAACAUUGGUGAUUGCUCACCGAUUAAGCACAGUUCAAAAUGCCCAUCAAAUUGCACUCUGUUCUGAUGGGAGGAUUGCAGAACUUGGUACCCACUUCGAAUUAUUGGCAAAGGGGGGUCAAUACGCUUCAUUGGUUGGCACUCAAAGGCUGGCAUUUGAGUGACCUUGACAUUGCUUGAACUUACAGUUGUUCUAAAUGAACAUGUGUUGGUGUACGUGUGAGGUGCAGAAUUGGAUGAGAAGUUUGAUUAUGCCAUUCUGAAAGCAGAUAAUGUCUAGAAAUUGCCAAAGGAUUACAGUACAGCUGGUGACUCCAAAAAACAACAGAAAAGCCUCUGUAAAUUUACUGAUAUAAUAAGACACUUAUACAGGUUGAUAGAUUUCUUAAGCUACAACUUAUUAUAUAGUAGUCAUACGACUCAUACCACAACUCCAUUAAGCCUGAUGUCUAUAGACUGAAGGCAUCAUGUUGUAAAACAAUGUGAUACUCGAGAAUAAUUGGGUUUUUUCACAAUGCAGCAAAUGCUGAGUGUUCAAAGCUGUA